CGAUAACAUGUCUAUCGAUAGCACAUUUGCCAGCUGUGCAGUUUGUACCCCGAAUACUGUAAUUUCACGCCUAGUUUUCAAAGGAAAUGCUUCCCAAAUUAAGAAUAUCGUCAUUUCUGCUUAAGCGGCUGGAGCGGGUGAAGCUGCAGUGCAGCGGUUGUUUAUAUGGCGUGUUCUAUGGCGACGGCACCUUGCUGCUCUUGAGUUUCAAUGUUGAGGCCAGCGUAGGUCAACUGAGCUAUGAGCAUAUACAGCACAAAUUCCCGGCCGAGCUGGAUCUGUGUGGUUUGGUCAAAUUUGGUGACUGCUCCGACACAGAAGCGCAUCUAAACGAGGUCAUUUCAUCGGUGGAUAUAACGGAUAAUCCAAUAGUGCUCCAAUGUCAACUGGGCACUCUGGUGGGCUUAAGGGCUUCGUUCUUGGUGCACGGCAAGUUGGAGCAUGUGCCAUAUGAAGUCAUGGAGGCACCACAGCUAUUCAACGAUUUCUGCUUUACGAGAUUGAAAUGUGGCUUCUAUUUGCAUACAUUGCCCACACCAGAAGCUAUAGCCAAGGAGAUGCAUGUGCUGCGCAAGCGUGUGGCUGACGGCAGUCUAGUGUUCAAUGUCUCCCAAACAAAAAUCUAUGUGAGCAGCAACUGUGGCACCCAGCACAAGAGCUUCAACAGCGACUCUCUAAUUGAGCAUCUCAUCGCUGAAGUUCCAAUCCCAGCUGAAACCCCAAGCGGCAACAAGAAGAAAACAGUGGCGUCUGCACCGGAGCUAUACAAGCAUUAUGGUGCUGUAGGCUGUGCCUAUGAUGUUAUCAACAUUGAUGUACUGCGCUGUCGGACACGUGAGCCGGCUGCAGGUGAUGCUGCUCCGCAUCCUGCCCUGAGCAUGUGCAUAACAAAUGAGGAACCCAGUAAGGUGCAGGUGCCACUGGAAUUGGAGGCAAUGGCCAUACUGUGCAAAAAGACAAAGCUGUUGCGUCUGUAUGAUGUGCUCAUCGAAAGCAUCUGCCGAUCUUUGCGUCUCUUUGAGCAGUGUCUCACGGAGCGACUUACGGAGCAGGAGGCUGCUGCGAAUCCGAAACUUCUGGUUCCACGCAGCUAUCACUUUUAUCCCCAAGAGUUUGGUCACUUUCUGAGCUGUGCGUAUUUGGAAGAGCUAAGCGACGACGAACCAAGUGUGCAGGAGAAACGCAAGCGACUCCAUCGACAGUUCGCAUUGCCCGCCACUCGUCCCUACUUUAGGCGCGCCAACCAGUGUCGCUUCCAGGGCGAUAUUGUGGCAACAGAUGCGUCCACCUGGACACCGUUACUUAACACACACCUGGGUGUACGGCCCAGCGGUGUGACGGAUGGCAAGGAGUAUCUGGUUAAUGGCAACUAUCAUUACUAUCACUAUUUGCAGCAGCAGGUUCAGGAUAAGGGCUGGGGCUGUGCCUACCGCUCGCUGCAGACAAUCUGCUCGUGGUUUCUGCUCCAGGGCUACACGGAACGUGCAAUACCCACACAUCUGGAGAUUCAGGAAUAUUUGCACAAAAUUAACGAUAAGCCUGCCUCAUUUGUGGGCUCCUCGCAAUGGAUUGGUUCCACAGAGCUGAGCAUGUGUCUGCAGGGAUUUCUCAAUGUUGAUUCCAAGAUUUUACAUGUGGCCUCCGGGGCAGAACUCUCAACGAUUGCCUCUGAGCUUGCCAUGCACUUUCAGACCCAGGGCACACCUGUUAUGAUUGGAGGCGGCGUUCUGGCGCACACAAUUAUCGGCGUAGACUACUGUGUACAGACGGGACAGGCGAAAUUCCUAAUACUCGAUCCACAUUACACGGGCGCCGAUGAGCUGUCUACCAUACAGAUUAAAGGCUGGUGCGGCUGGAAGGGCAUGGACUUCUGGGACAAGAAGAGCUAUUAUAAUCUCUGCAUGCCGCAGCGUCCCAUUUUAUACUAAACUUUCCAUUUAUGCAUUUAAGUACGAUUUUUGUCAAGCUUUAAUGUUUCUUUUGUGUUGUUAAUGAAUUUAUGUAUGUACUGUAUUUUAUAUAUUAUAUAUGUAUAAACU